AUGAAACAAAUCACAGCCAUUGGGGCCUUGGCCUUGGCCUUGGCCAGAGCUAUUUCGGCAGACAUUGCUUGCAAUUUCAACGUCAGCAGUGCCUUUGCGGCGGCCAACGGUUGCGAUGCCAAUUGCUUCAACAUUCUGCGACACGCGAACGUUUAUGACCACACGCAAGUCGGUCUCGAUUUCGAUUUUAGAUUUUACGACACGGCCCAUAACUUCACAGCCUCCAAGCCCGGAGACUUGCUAAAGCUCCAAGCAGCGGACCCUGUGCCCCUCAACAUCAAAGCCGGGACGACAGUAUAUCGAAUGCAAUACACCUCCUUGGACUUGGACGGCAAAACGAUUGUGCCAUCGACUGGGUUCAUUGCUUUUCCCUAUGCGCCCCUUGGCAGCCCCAGCUGUUCAAAAUAUCACUCGGUCGCGUUUGCGCAUGGCACAAUCGGUGUAUAUCGCGGGUGCGCACCGUCCAACGGCCCGGCGCUCUUUGACUACGAUAGCUGGCAGCUGCUCCUGGAGCGCGGCUACGCUGUCAUCGCGACGGACUUUGCUGGCCUUGGCAACAACGAAACCCUGCACAAAUAUUGCAGUUUUCCUGCGCAGGCAAAUGAUAUAUACUACUCAAUGGUCGCUGCGAGAAGCGCUUUCGGUAAUGUGCUCAGCCGCAAAUGGAUGAGCGUUGGCCACUCAGAGGGCGGUGGUGCUGUCUGGAAGCUGGCGGAGAGUGAUCUUCUCAGUUCGGAAACUCAUCAGUACUUGGGCACUGUCGCCUUGGCACCAGCCACACACAUAAUUGACAUGGCUAUUGAUGGAUUGCUCGAUUCUGGAGGCGAAGAUUCAGACUCUGGAGGAUUCGCGAGCUAUGCGCCGUCACUCGCUAUAGGCAUUCAGCGAUUCCAGCCAUCCUAUAACCUGACUCUGCUCGGCCCUAAAAUGCGCCAACGGUUGGCUAUCGCGGACCGCGCCCAGGUUUGCGCGACUGCUCUGGCGGGACUGACGAUUGACUUGAAGCUAGAAGAAAUCAUCAGCCUAGAGGGAGCGGUCGGCGAUUUGCCUUUGCUGCAAGAAUGGCAGAACAAGACCGCACCGUCGGACGGCCGCGCAUUGACGCCGAUACUCGUUGUACAGGGCCUCAAUGACACUAGCAUUCUCCCUCAAACAACAAAGAACGCGGUCGACAGAGCAUGCCGGGUUGGCAAUACUAUACAUCUCAGCCUGUACCCUGGAAUCGAGCACUCUCCGUCAGUUUCGGCUUCUGCGCCAGAGUGGCUUAAUUGGAUGGACGCGAGGUUCUCUGGACAGCCUUUGGCGACUAAUUGCUCAACUGUUACGAGAGCGCCUUUUGGUAACGGUGCUCAUAUGAAGUUGCCUCCCGAGGACGACAUGAAAGAGGAAUACGGUUUGUAA